UUAUUUUCCCUAUUGUUGCCUUUUCGCUGUAAAAACAUCACUCACAUUGUAUAAAUCUUUUCUUAAAUCGCGGGUAGUUCUUAAUUAAAUUUCUAAUCAUGAGCGAAUUCUCGUUGACAUUAUAUGAUUGUUAACAAAGCCGAAUCUUUCCACAGGUAUUGGUGAUUGAAAUUCUGCAAUGGCCAAUGAGAACGACGUUUUUACACGUGAGUUUGAAGUGGAAAGUCGAAAAGUUACGUUGACAUUAUAUCAAAAAGAAGUAGGCGACGUUAGUUGUGUUGUAUGGGAUGCUUCGAUAGUUUUGGCCAAGUAUCUUGACGUAUUAUGCAGUGAGAACAGACUAGGAAAAGACUGGCUUGUUGGUAAAAAAGUACUGGAAUUGGGUGCAGGUCUCGGAUGUGUCGGAAUGACCGCUGCAUGUCUUGGGGCUGAAGUUGUUCUUACAGACCUUGCCAAUGUACUGCCAGCACUGAAUAAUAAUAUUGAAAUGAACAAAGAUGUGUGGAAACGAUCUGGUGGAUCUGCUAGAGCUGAAGAACUUGAUUGGAGUAAACACCCUGUUGUAGAUUUUAAGCCUGAAAUUGUCUUACUGGCAGAUUGUGUGUAUUACACAGAGUCAAUAGAACCACUCCUUGAUAUGCUAAAAAGGCUGUGUGAAGCUACAAAUGACACAUAUGCAUUACUCGCACAGGAAGAAAGAGACACACCAAAUCAGAAACCAGUUUGGAGCCAAUUUGUUGAAGCAAUUAAGAAGAAGUUUAAAAUUACUCCAAUAAUGUUGUCAGAACAACACCCCACCUACUCUAGUCGUGACAUACGUGUGCUUAAACUGACGCUACCGUCGAAGGACAAGAAAGACAUUCAGUAAUCAAGUAAAGGUAGCUUAUAUCAAUGUCAAUAUGGCAUGAUGAAAUAUGCACCAAAAUAAUGAAUUGAACAUUAAUUUAUUUCUCACGUCGUAUUUGUAAAUUGUAUGCUUGAUAAGGAGAAAUUAUCACAUAGAAAUCAUGGUAAUACAAUUUGAUUUAUGGAUAUUUUCAACAUACAGUAACUAUCUCAAAUUUAUAAUAAUGUAACGUAUCUAUUUUAGAGCUUUGGAUAACAUAUUAUUAACGUAUUUUUAUGACUGCAUGAUGAAGUGGUCAGUGCCUAAAAUAUUCAAGAUUCAUAGAGUCUGAUUGUGUUAUCUGAAAAGUUUCAUAAUGUGAUUGGUCAUCUACGUAAUGUCCCAUUGGUAAUGGCCAUAAUUUUGAAAUACCUUUAAAUCUCAGGAAUAUGUUUUACAAAUUACUUAUGGCUCUAGUUAUAAAAUUUUAAUAUUUCCCCAAUUCUUUAUUAUUUAUAUCUGAACUUAGGGAAUUGAAUCUCAGUAGCAGUGUAACGCACUGAGAAGUUGCCCAUGCCUGAAUGAGACAAGAACAUUCAUUUAUCGAAUUAGAAAUUGUUUUGUCAUAGAGGAUUAACAUUUGAGUUAAGAUCAGUAUGAAUGAAAAGUUCGUCUUCCGUAUUCAGUCAACGAUUGCAUGUAAAACUACAUUUGCAGGUGCUACACAUGCCCUUACAUCCGCAUCACCGUCACUUUCUAGUAAUUGCAUUUGCAAUUGCUUGUACAAUUCGAAGGUGGUAUUGACCUCCAAAUUUUUCUUGCU